UGAUACUUUAGAAUUUACAAUCGAACUCGACCCUUCUGAACCAAAUCCUGAUCUUCAUGCUUUAUUUAUUGCUUUCAAUCAACAAUAUUUUCUGGGAAGUUUACAGAGUGUAGAAGUUCGCUGGUCAAAUAAAAUGACUUUAUGUGCAGGAUUGUGUUAUUAUCAAAGUGGUGGAUAUUGUAGUAUUCGUUUAAGCGAACCUUUGUUAAAAUAUAGGACUCGAAAAGACAUGAUCGAAACGCUAUUACAUGAAAUGAUUCACGCUUACCUCUUUAUAACAAAAAACAAUAGAAAUCAUGACGCUCAUGGUCCGGAAUUCCUUGAACAAAUGAAGCGCAUUAAUGAAGCAGCUGGAACCAAUGUAACAGUGUAUCAUAAUUUUCAUGAAGAAGUCGAUCAUUAUAGGACACACAUUUGGAAAUGUGAUGGACCUUGUCAGAAUAAAGCUCCAUAUUUCGGUAUCGUGAAACGUUCAAUGAAUAGGAAACCUCAACCUGCAGAUCGAUGGUGGAAUGAACAUCAAAAAUCAUGUGGUGGAAAUUUCGUUAAAAUAUCUGAACCUACGCCGAAAGAAACUAAGAAAAGAAAUAAGAAAAUUACAAAGGAAAAUAAAAAAGGAAUGAAACGUAGACAUGAGAUACACGAGAUACAUGAGAUAGAUGAAAUAAACAAGAUGGAUGUUGUUAACCCUCAAAUAAAGAUUUCAAAAAAAAAUCAAGACAUUAAAGACAUUAAUAAGCCGAAUGGUUCUUUUGAUAAUAAUGAAAAUUAUAAAGUCAAAUCGAAUGAAGAAGCUUCAUCUUCAUCUAAUAAUUCGACACAAUUUGUCCAGUGUCCAAUUUGUGGGAAUAACACUAUCAAGAGUUUCGAGAUUAAUGAACAUCUUGAUAUAUGUAUUUUGAUUUCAGGAAAAUAG